CCGACAGAUGUAAUAGAGCGAACAGUCAUUUGGUGUCGCCGUGCACUCAUCCUCACUGAUCCCCUUAUCACCCGUCGGGACAUAAUCGCUACAAAAGGUCGAAUAUCGCCUAGCCCAUUCGAAUGGGUAAUAAAAGACGAUCGCUACCGUAAAUGGCUGGAUAGUGGUAAGAAACGCGAUAGGGACAGAGGCUCACAGCUGCUAUGGAUCUCAGGCACUCUGAGCACGGACACGACAACGCUAUCUGUCUUUCUAACAGAGGAGCUAGAGAAACAUACUGCGGUAGCAGAAAACGCGGAAUUGGUAUUCUUCUUCUGCAACAGAAGCAACACAUAUACGCUUAUGCUCUACGGACUUAUAAGCCAAAUUGUCACUAAACGCCCAGAGCUAUGUCAGCACCUAUAUGGCGACUUGGAACGAUUGAAUAAAAUUCAGGAAAACCUCGAAGCAGCCCAAAGAUCUGAAGGAACUUUUGAAGAAACCCCGGAAAUGUCUGCAUUUAUGUUGGAAAUAUUUUGUACGCUUAUCAGAGCACCAGGACUAGGUACAAUGUUCUGCGUGAUUGAAGGAUUUGGCGAUUAUGACAGGUCU